AGAAUUAUCCCACGCACAAUCUAAAAAAUUGACUUUAUCUACAGCUGGAACGGUCUUUGCCUUGUUUGGUGGUGAUGUGAUGGACCCACGUUUCAUCCGUGGUUAUGAAACGUCUUUAUUUCUGAAAAACACGCGACGGAAACAUCUUCACGGUGUUUUUUUUGUUCCAUUAUGAGCAAACGCGGCUCCCAUCUUGCGUACAGCUUUCUCGGGAGCAGUUUCACCCUGACUAGAAUCCAGUUCAGCUUUUUUAAGGGGCAAAAGUUAUCUGAAAAUACUCCAAGAUUUACGUGAACAAUUGGACAGCAUCUGUCAUUUCAUGCAUGAUGGAGCUUCGUAAUAAAUUAAUUUUGACGUUGCAUUUCAUUCUUCUGAUUUCUGCCGACCUCUGUAUUAUCGUUUUCGAAAAUAUUUUAGUAUUUUUCUAUACUUUAAACAAUUAUCAAAUGCCCUAUCCGGUCUAUUUUACAAAUUCAUUUUAAACUCGGAUUCUUCCGAUUCCGAGUGGUACAAGAGCUGAAGAUCUACCGACCCCACCUUAACAAUCGCCUAUCUCGCGUGCGAAGCGGUCGUAGGCACAGUCAACUAACUUACACAUCAGUUGUCGAGUAAACGUUUAGACGUUUAGCUUGUUUUGGUAUUAACCGCGGCGACCCUGCAAUUACGAUUUCGCGAGUGAUUUUUUUUUUGUCUCUCAGUGCCGAAAUAAUUUUUUUGUGUGUAUACAAUUUUUGCGUCAUAUUGGAUAAACUGUGGGAGAAAAUAUUUAGAAUUAAGAAAAACUCGUGUCGUUGGCAUUAAUGCAUUUUCUGAAGCAUGGUGAAUUUAAACGGCGGGGUAGUCUGGUGCUACAGAGACAAUAGAUGGAUCCCUCUUCAAUUAUCUUCCAUUCGACUCCAUGGAGUCCUCACGCAGGCCCAUUGGGCCACCAUCUCCGAUUUUAUCAGGAAAGUCGCCAACAAAGAACUCAUCCUUCAAGAAAACGGAUUCGCCGAACUCACAGAAAAACACAAAGAACUCAUGUUCCAAGAGAAUAAAAACCUAGUUAGUGAAAAUGUGAUAACAGUUAGUGAAAACACGAACGAACGAAAAGUUAGUUUAAGUCAAAUUCCCGAAGAUAAAAUAGUCGAACAACCUCGAAGGCCUUCGAUGCCCGAAUUGAGAUCCUUAGAAAAAGAUAAUUUAUUUAUUGAUAAUUUAUUAAAGCCGCCGACUGAUCUGAAGACUGAUAAAUUAUCUAAAGAAAAUGACGAAAUAGUUCUUAGGUUAUUGAAGAAAUAUUGCAAAUAUAGCAAAGACGCCUUAGACAAUGAGAUAGUUUCCGCUAUCGAGAAGAUCUCAGACGAAGACAUUCCUCGAAAAAAUAAUCGAAUAGAAACAAAAACCGAAGAAGAAUUCAAACCGAGACGAAGAAAAUUAGGAUACGUACCGACUGAAGACAAAAUUUACGAAAAUUUAGAUUCUCCUUUCGAUACCUUAGAAGAAGACAAGAACGAGCACGUCAUCCGCUGGUUAAAACAACAAAACAACCAAAUCAGUUUCGACAACAUUCCAACUAGAAGGCAUUCCGUUGAAAUCGGUAUCUCGUCACCUACCGAUAGUAGAAAGAGCAGCAUAUUAGAACGAAAAUCCUCAUCUUCGGGAUUUGAAUCGAGAAAAUCGAGCAUAACAACCCCUUCGACUCCGGAAAGUAGAAAAUCUUCUUGGUGCGAUAGUACUUUGAACAGUAGGAAAAGUAGUGUCGGUUCCACUAGCAGUUGUUCGGAAUGUGAGGAAGGGGAGGGUUUAACUCAAUGGCAACGUUUCUUAAAGAAACAUCUGAGUUCCAAGAAUUCCGAGAAGAGGUUGAAGAAACAGCGACAAGCUUGGAGCAGAAAUAGACGAAAGUUAAGUGCUUCAACAGAUAUCCAACAUACCGAUCUUAACAGCCAACCAUGGUAUUUCCGGAAGAUUAAACGUAUAGAAGCCGAAAAAAAAUUAUUACUUCCUGAAAACGAGCAUGGUGCCUUCCUCAUCCGAGAUUCAGAGAGUCGACACAACGACUACUCAUUGUCAGUACGAGACGGUGAUACCGUUAAACAUUAUAGAAUAAGACAAUUAGACGAAGGCGGAUUCUUCAUAGCACGAAGAACGACGUAUCGCACUCUACAAGAAUUGGUGCAACAUUAUAGCAAAGACGCUGACGGUUUAUGUGUCAAUUUAUGUAAACCUUGUGUUCAGGUGGAAAAACCACAACCGGAAGGUCUGUCUCAUCGCACAAAAGACCAAUGGGAAAUCGAACGAACCUCUUUGAAAUUCAUCAGGAAAUUGGGUCACGGUCAAUUCGGAGAAGUAUGGGAAGGCAUGUGGAACAACACAACGCCCGUCGCCAUCAAAACCUUGAAACCGGGCAGUAUGGAUCCCAAAGAUUUCCUCGCCGAAGCUCAAAUUAUGAAAAAAUUGAGGCAUCCCAAAUUGAUACAAUUGUACGCUGUGUGUACAGUUGAAGAACCCAUUUAUAUAAUCACCGAAUUAAUGAGAAACGGUUCGUUAUUAGAAUAUUUGCAAGGUAAAGGAAAGGGAUUGAAAUUACCCCAAUUGAUAGAUAUGGCGGCACAGAUAGCAGCCGGAAUGGCCUAUUUGGAAUCUCAAAAUUACAUACAUAGAGAUUUGGCUGCGAGAAACGUCCUAGUAGCUGACAGCAACGUCGUUAAAAUAGCAGAUUUCGGUCUGGCCAGAUUAAUUAAGGAAGAUGAAUACGAAGCUAGAGUAGGAGCCAGAUUCCCCAUCAAAUGGACAGCUCCAGAAGCUGCAAAUUACAGCAAAUUUUCGAUCAAAUCAGACGUUUGGUCAUUCGGUAUCCUACUAACCGAACUAGUAACUUACGGAAGAAUACCAUAUCCAGGUCUGACUAACGCCGAAGUUUUACAUCAAGUAGAACACGGUUACAGAAUGCCCGCUCCUCCUGGUUGUCCACCAGCUUUGUACGAAAUAAUGUUGGAAUGUUGGAACCGCGAUUGUAUGCGCAGACCCACAUUCGAAACCCUACAAUGGAAACUGGAAGACUUCUUCACCAUGGAGGGAUCUGAAUAUAAAGAAGCAUCGGCGUACUGAGGUCACGUCCACCCCCCUGCUGAUUGGUUACGUAACUCCAUAGAGGUACAUUACCAUUAAUAGGGUGGUGGAUAUAUAUAUCUAUUUAUCAAUACAAUUUAUAGAUAGAUAUGUGUGCCGUACUUCUGUUUUUUUUUAUAUAUAUAUAUUUUCGUUUGAUUCGUAAGUUGAAAUUUUUUUAAACACGUUGACUGGUCGGUGGAGUUGUUUGUCUUUUAUCUGCAGUAUUCGAUUGUUUAAUUAGGACCCUAAUUGAAUCAAAAACACAAAAUACAGUUGGGUACGUUUAAAAUUGCAUCUAACAGCUUUUAAUGCCAAAAAAUGGGGUUGGUAUUGCAGAUAGUUCAAAUAACGACGUUAAGUUUAUCUAAUAAUUGUAUAAAACGAACAAACUGAGUGUUUUAAAUCAUGAUAACAAUAAAUGAAACAUAAAAAGCAAUAAUUUAUCCGUAACUUGAUUAUAACAAAUUUUUUUUUACAAAAAUUAAACCGAAAUACAAAAAAAUGAAUGAAUAUUGUUGAAUUAGAUGUAAAACACUCAUUAUCAAUUGUAUUCAACUUUGCAUACAGGGUGUUCAAAAACUCUUUUAUAGAACACAAACUAUCGAUACUAGAUGUGAUUAUAUGUCCGUCUAACCUAAUUUAGCUUUAACCAAAAUAAAAAAUUUCAAAUUUGCUACAAUGUCUGUUAUUAUCUCAAAAAAAACUUCAAAUUUAGAACAAUGUAUGUUAUUGUGAAGUAAUUUUUAACCGUAUAUGUACAAUUUGAUAAAAUUUGGGUAAAUUAACAGAAAAAUUAUGAUUAGAGCUUUUAAUAAUUUCACCUGCCUUAUAAUUCUUGAAGUUUACUCGAUUUUGAUUAUGAAUUAACCGAUUUAUCAGCGUUAUUUUCAAAGAAUUCUUAAUAGGAUAAAGAUAAGUUAGGUUAAAAGUGACACCUACUAGUUUUUGGACAUCCAGUAUAUAUUACGGACCUUAAAUCAACAAGUUUUAUAUUUGGUAAUGUUUUUUACUAGAUUUUUUAAUACGUAAAUUACUCUUUUACAUAUUCUUAAAAAAAGAUAAACUAAAGAUUGAUGUAUUUAUUAUUAUUUAAUUUAUAUACAAAAAAAAAAUAUUUUUCAAUUAAUACUGCAGCAAAUUUUAUACUUUUUAGUUGUCUUAAGGAAAUCAAUUGAGCAAAAAAUUCAGUAAUUUUCAAUUAAAAUUGAAUUAGAUUCAAAUAAUUGUUGGUAGAUGUAAAUCUACAAAAAAUUCGAAAAAAAAAAGGGAAAAAAUUGAUAAUUGCCUUUUUUAUGUGAAUAAUACCAACGAAAAAUUUGUGUGGGUUACGUAAAAGGAAGAUAUGUUGGAAAAAUAAUGUAAAACUCUUUUAUUUGCAGUUAAAUUCUUAUAUAUCAUGGAAAAAUAUUGCUUGAUUUUCCAACAAUAUCGAUAAUGGAAUUAAAUAACAAGAAAUAAACAAUGUUAUUAAGGGAGUAUUCUAGUCUAGAAGCCUGAAUUUUAGGAAUUUUUGAAACUAACAUUUUCACCAUCCAUUUUUUUUAUAUGAUGUUUAUUGACUUUUUAAAAAUAUAAUAAAAAAAAUUGUAAAAAAUUCAGAAUAUCAAUAAAUUAUAGGCCGAUAAAGUGGAGGCUACACAAAAAAACGGUUCACCCUGACAUGAUGAUGACUUGUAGUUAUUUGGAACAAAAAAUUUAGAAAAAAAUCAAAAAAUGGUGUCGACAUGAAAGAUCAAUUAUUUUUUGCCCCCUUUUUUGACCCGGAAUGUUUUAAAAAUACUCCCAAUUGAAAUUUUUUAAAACUCAAAGCAGGUGCUUUAGAGAAAUAUAUCAAAAAGUUUUCUACCAAAUUUCAAAGAAAUAGAUCGGAUAGAACUUGAGGUAUCAUAUCAACCACCCAAAAAAAAGUUUUCGAAAAAAACGCGUUUAUAGUUUGAUAAACAAUUCCAGUAGAAUAACUCGUUCCACUCGUCCGUUUAAGGGUCCAAAUUUUGAAAAUAUACAAAAAAAUCGACUUUUUCUAAUUUCUAUGCCAGAAUACCCCCUUAAAGUAAUUGAAAACUCAAAUUAUAUCUAAUACACACGGAGCAACUGAAAAGAACCUAAUUCCAAAAGUGACUGAAUUCGCCAACUGAUUAGUAACACACAAAGCAAACUCAAUUGUGACCGAAACAUUUACAAAAUUAUUCCAAAAUAUUAAUAGAAAACAAAUCGAGAAUCGAAAAAUGUUUCUUCUUCAAAUUCCUUCCAAUAACCCUAUACUAGAUUGAUUCCGUGGGACAGUCGAACAAUACAUUUUCGAUCAAGUUCAACCUACGGGUAUCAUUAGGGUGGAACUUGGUUGUAAUAAAAAAAAAUCAAGUUUUUUAUUUUGAAUUGUAAUAAUGAAAUGUAAAGGAGUUGUCAGCUGCCCCAUCCGUAUUUCCCAAUUCGGGUUACAACGGUUGUUACCCAAUGCAAACUGGUUAGUGGUUUGCGUCAGAAAUGAGUUCUUUUCGAGUUGAUCCUUGUAUAUGUGUUUGAAAGUUGAAUUCGAAUCAUUUAAGUUGUAAAAAAACUUUUGUAUUGCACAUCAGGUCUUGUUAGAUCGAAAAUUUUGCAAAAAAAAGCGAGUUGUAUUCAAAAAAAAAAUAACGCACAAAUUCAAUUUUGACUGCCAAAUUAACUUUCUGCCAGAGGUUCUAACACUUUAACAAGAUUAAUCAGAACCUUCUGGAUGUUUUUACUACCAGAUAUAUUUUGUAUUGAAAACAAAAGAAAACUGUAUUUUUAUCUGUUAUUUUUGAAAAAAUAUGUGAAAUUUUUUAUAGUUCACUACUUUAUAAAUUUCUGCUGGCAAAUUUUUAAUUAGUUAAAUGUGACAUUUUGUAGUCAUGUUCAAUCAAAAUGUUUCUUAAUGCAACAGUUUCAAUAUGAAUUGUAACGUUUGUAAUAAAAACAAUUUCGAUGUGUGAAAUAACAUUAGCAACAAUAUCGAUAUGAAAAAAGAUGAAGAAUACUGUUCGGCUGCCUUUUUAGAUAUCGCACAGGCAUUCGACAAGGUCUGGCACGAACGGCUACUAUACGAAAUCAGGAAAAACCUCCAGCACAACCAUUUCCAAAUCCUACCUGGAAAACAGGCACUUUCAAGUCAAAAUACAAUUACAUCCAUUUAUUCCAGGAGUUUCACACUACUAUUACUACAUAUGCAGAUGAUAUUGCUGCGCAAGCAUCUCACCAGGACCCAGUUAUGACCUCUUUUAUAUUACAGACAAACUUGGACACCAUUUCCUUGUGCUUAAAAACUUGGAGAGUAAAAGUAAAUGGAAAUAAAUUUACGUACACCCAACAGAGAGGAACCUGUCUUAACUGUAACAUUAAACGGGCAUCUUCUGCAGCGUAAAGAGAAAGCAAUUGAGUAUAAAACUCAGCAAACUGUACUGGUUAAUAGGUCGAAGGUAUCACUUAACAACCAACAAAGUCACACUAAAACCCAUCUGGAGUUAUGGUAUUCAACUAUGGAGCACUACAUCCAACUCAAAUAUAGCAAUUCUAGAAAGAUUUUAGUCGAAAGUAUUCGUUGUUGUAUUUGUUGCUAAUGUGAAUACUCCAGGGAAUUUUAUUGGUCAAUAAUUCUUCUUGUAAUUAAAUUUUAUCCAAUGAUAUAAAAUUGCUCAUAUUUGUUAUAAUUCUAGCUUAGAUUAUAAAUUUAAUGUAAAAAAAUGAUAUCAUUCGACGACUCUUUUUAUACUAUUUGUAGAUGUACUACCAAAGUGAACCUUUCUAAACGAAAGCGUUUCGGAACGUAACGAAAACAAUAUUUCAAUUACGAACCUAGUAAUGUAUAUAUUAGUCCACAAAGGUUCAUAUUUUUAUAAUUACCUCCUUACAAAAAGAAUUGAUCAGCGUGGAUAAUUUUAAAUUUUGAGAAAUAUUUUAUUCCGAAAUAAUAAUUUUUUCAUCCAUUGACUUUAUUUUUUCAUCGAAAACCUAGAGGGAUAAACAAUAUAAUAGAGGGGAUGUUAAUAAAAAAUAUGAUAUAUGACACCGAGUUAGUUUAAAAAUAUCAUAGAAAACAACCCACUUCAAUUUGCUACCCGUUUCCAAUAUGUACAGAUGUAUUGAUGGUUGCAUCCCGAUUUUGUAAGUUUGAUACUGCAAGCUUACGUAGUUCGCCCAAUCUUUCUUACUCUCAUACAAGGAUACAAAAAGAAAUUGUAUGAAUCAUGGUUGCCUCAAAGUAGGACACAAUCGAGGCUAAAAAGUUUAUUACAAACAUACAAGUGAAACUAUAAAAAGGGAUAGCUUCGAAUUAUAUUAUACAGUAUUCUAAUAUAGUACUAUUAUAACAAUUUUGUUUAUUAAAAUACAAUUCAGUUAUUUUAACGAUGAUUUCAAAAAAAUCCAAAAUAUCUCUCCAAUUUGAACGUUAUUUAGGGCACUAAUGAAUAUUUCGGAAAAUAAGAUCCAUUGGGGUGAAAAAAUAGAUUUGAAUACGAAAUUUUCUAUGGUGCAUCGGUUUCGAUAAAGGGGUAAAAGUUUUGUUCCAAAAAGCUUUCAUCCUCGAAUUUGCUGAUCCUAGUAUUAAAAUUAUGUGUAGCUUUAAAUAUUUUUACGACAUUCCUGCGAUUAACUAUCUAUAUACAGGGUAACUUAUUUGGAUGUCACAGUUUUGGGUGCUUCUAAAAAAUGUAUCACACGCCCUUAUAAUCUGCUUUAUUAUAUAAAACGUACCCUGUAUAUAGUUCGAUUUGUUUUUUUUUUCAGUAAUGUGCAGUUGAUAAUAAAUGAAAUGGUUACUAAUUAUUUUAAACAAGAGAGAUUAUUUUUGAAAUUUUUUGUCAGAUAUUUUUUAAACAUGUUUUUUCUGUCUAAUAAGUAAAUAUUCAUCAUUGUUUAUACACUAUAAACAUAUUAUAUAAUAUUUUUUUGUAUUAUACACUGUAGAUUAGGGUUAUUAAAAUUUAUUAUUUAAGUAUG